AUGUCCGCUUCUUCGCUUCAGAUCGUUACCAUCAUCGUCCCGAAUCCUCAAUACGACCGUUCCAAGACUGCGACGGUGUUGAAUUCGAAUCUCAGCUUUGGCUUGCGCAUUCCCAAUGCUUUCAUAACACUGUCGAAUAACAAUCCGAAUCGCUUCAGUGCCAUCGAAGGAUUGUUGUACGUCCCAACACUUCCCGACUCAGCCAACGGCACUUGUGCGACAGCACAAACUAUUGUACCAUCUAAUGUCACCACUCUAGCCAGCUUCCCUUCCGACCAAAACUAUCCCCUAGUCGCUAUCUUCCCAUGGACCGAGAGUGCGAGCUGCACUCAGGCGUACCUCGCCCAGGCCCGAGCCGAUGCUGUCAGAGCAGCCUUCACCUUCCAGCCUGCCGGGCCUGAUUUGUCGCAAGCUACCAAUAGCUGGAACCUGAAUGAUACUUGGAGUUGGAAGAACGAGAAUCAGUACCCCAUCUAUGCAGUCGCUGGUGCGACUGGUGCUCAGAUCCUCGAUCAAAUGGCUCUGUAUAGUGGCAGCUUGACCGAUGCUCCGAACGGUGCCACUCUAGCACAACAGAACGACCCUAGAGACUUCCCACGACUCUUCGCCCAUGUCGAUCUGCAAAACAGCGCCAACGUACCCUCCCUUUGGAUCUUCUUAAUCAUCGUGCUAGCUAUCCUGUUGGGCAUUGUCAUAUUUGCCUCGCUAAUCAUGCACCUGAUCCAGCGCCACCAGCGUCGUGUUCUGCAACGUCGGCUCGAACGUGGUGAAGUUGAUCUCGAGUCUUUGGGCAUCAAGAAAAUGAACGUGCCUCAGCACAAAAUCGACGAAAUGCCCAAAUACACUUACAGCGAGAGUAACACGCUAAGCGAAAUACCCAUAGCUACGAUUGCAGGAAACCGAUCCUCUGCCGGGCCCACUACCAAUUCUUUCAGUCAGCCUACAUGUGCUAUCUGUCUAGAGGAUUUCAUUGUCGGCGAAACAACGGUUCGAGAAUUACCCUGCAAACACAUCUUUCACCCUGAGUGUAUCGAUCUUUUCCUACGAGACAAUUCCUCUCUUUGUCCGAUGUGUAAAAAGUCCGCACUACCAGCAGGCUAUUGUCCUGUCAAAGUUACCAACCUCAUGGUUCGAAGAGAGCGACUCAUUCGUCGCAUGAGGGAUCGACGUAGACAGGGAUUGGCUGCGGCUGCAGCUGCUGGUGCUGGUGCUGGUGCAGAAGAACCACUUCAGCAGCCCUCUCGUGCUCAACAGGCUGGGUCCUGGUUACAGAACAGGCUACGACAUCCCACAACGGCACCAGCUCAAUCUACCACGCCUGAACAUGCACCACCACAGCAGGUAUCCGUGCCCUCCGCCAACGAUGUCGAGCUCGGUCCCAUGCCUAGCACUUCCGACCCCACAUCUCGACAGACUCCAACUAAUGUUGCGAAUCGGAACACUAUGGUCAUGCCUCCAGAAAUUGCUUCGCAGGGAGCUGCAGCCCGUCGAGCUUGGCGCAGAGAACGUCUAGCUCGUCAGCAAGAUGAGCAAUACAAUCACGACGCUGAGAACGCUAGACGGGUUGACGAAGGACGACCACUUUGGAGGAGAGUAUUAGGCAGAGUUGCUCCUGGCUUUGACUAG